CUUGCUACAAUUUAUCAUCAUGAAGUAGAACUAGUAGAAGUGUGUAGAUGACCCUGUAUUUGUUUCUGACCAUACUGAUGAAGCUAAUUUUAAAGAAGGGUACGACGGAUGUGCUACGAUGGCUGGCCAUAUAUCUGGAGUGCAAAAAAGAAUUAAUAAUGUGUAUCCCAUGGCUAAUUUUUUCCAUUGUGCUAGUCAUCAUUUAAAUUUGGUAAUAAAUGAUUUGAAUUCUCUUGCCGAAGUUAGCAAUUGUGUAGGGAAAAUAAAAGAAGUUACUACAUUUGUUAGAGAUAGUGCACUUCGUAGAAAUAUUGUAGGAAAUAAUUUGCCAAAAUUAUGCGAAACAAGGUUUGUUGAAAAACAUAAAUGUAUCAAAAAAUUUAAGGACCAAUAUGUUACAAUUGUUGAAGGCUUGGAAGAAAUAUCAAAAUCCAAUAAUUUUAACAGCAAAAUUAGACAGCGUUGCUAUGAAAUGCUUACUGCAAUCACUACUCCAACAUUUGUUGUAAUAUUAUCAAUCAUGGCAAAAUAUUCUGCAAAAUUUGAAACUGUAUCAACAGUUCUUCAAGGGAUAGAUGUUGACCUGCAAGAAGCUACAAAACAUAUUCAAGACCUAUUAUCAAUGUUAGAAAUAGACCGUAAUAAUUGUGAGAAUAUAUUUAAUUCAAUAUUUAAUGAAGUAAAAUUAGUUGCUUCUAAAAUAGAUCUUAAGUUAAAGUUACCACGGCGUAAUGUUAAACAAGUACAUCGUGAAAACUAUCCAACUAACGAUGUGGAGGUAUAUUUUAGACAAUCUUUAUUUAUACAAUACUUGGAAUCAGUUAUAAUGUCUCUCAAAGAUAGAUUUUCAGAUGAAAAAUUAAAAAUAUUUACAUUAUACAACCUACACCCCAAAAAAAUGAAACUAAUGAGCGACCAACAAUUUGCAGAAAGUGUUGAAUUUAUUUGUACACUUCUAGACAAUUUUAAAGAGCACUGUCAUGGUAUGAUCUAUGGAAAAAGAAAGAAGUCGAACCCACCAUGAAAUUAAUUGAUAUUCUCGAUUACGCCACAUAUUACCCAGCGGUAUGCCAAGCAAUACAAAUUACAAUUACUUUACCUGUAACUUCCUGCUCAGUAGAAAGAUUGUUUAGCACUUUACGCCGUUUAAAGACAUGGGUUAGAAAUAGGAUGGGAAACGAAAGACUGAGUAGCUUGGGGUUAAUUAAUA